AUGGCCUCAUCCGCCGCGCGCAAGCACGAGUUCCUCGUCGUCGUCCCGGACAAGCCCGGCAUGCACGCCAAGCGCCUCGAGAUCCGCCCGCUGCACUUGAAGAACAUGGCUCCCCUCGUCGAGUCUGGCAACUGGAAGAUGGGAGGCGCCUUGCUCAAGACCCUCCCCGUGGAUGACGACCCAAACAACUUUGACUUCGCCGGCAGCACCAUCGUCUGCCUCGCCGAAUCCAGGGAGGAUGUCCUCAAGCAGCUGAGAGAGGACAUUUACAACACUUCGGGCGUCUGGGACACCGAAAAGGCCCAAAUCUACCCCUUCAAGUGCGUCUUCAGGAACCCAUAA